CCAAUAUCAGUAAGAGUAGCCCUAAUUGCUUUUAUCUUUAAUUAUAUAUCUUCCUUUUCUUUUCUUUACCUAAUAGGAUACAUCGAAGCCCACCAAAGAAAAUAAAGCUCUUCCUGAUCUGUUUCACACUCACCAUUGCUUCUUUCACAUAAUAUAAUUUUCUAUGUCUGUCUCAUCAAUAAUCAUUUCACUUUCUCUCUAAUUUCUUCUUCUUCUUCUUCUUUCUUCUCCUUUCCAUGGAUCGGGUUUUGCUGCUUUUUCUGUCAUGUGUGGCUCUGCCACUGGUUUUUACUACAACAACAUGGGCAGAAGAGAAGGUUAUGAAUCCAAAACAGUUGGAAAUGUUUGUUGAUGAGAUUCCAGAUGUGCCUAGAAUCCAUGGUUAUGAUAUUGUUAAUGGGGUUCCCAAGCCUAAGCGACUUAGAAUUGGCAUGUUCAAGAUAGAAUGGAAAUUCCAUCGGGACUUACCGGCAACACCAGUGUUUGCAUAUGGUGUAUCUAAGCACAACGCAACCGUUCCUGGUCCAACAAUUGAGGCCAUUCAUGGCGUUGGCACCUACGUGACGUGGAAAAAUCACCUCCCUUCAAAGCACAUACUUCCAUGGGAUCCGACAACCCCAACCGCCAUACCUUCCACAAAGAAAGGCAUUCCUACGGUGGUGCACCUCCACGGUACUAUUGGCGAACCCGAGAGUGAUGGGAAUGCCCAGUCAUGGUUCACUAACCGAUUUGCUGAAAAGGGACCCACGUGGACCAAAAAAACAUAUCAUUACCACAACUUUCAACAACCUGGGAACCUUUGGUACCAUGAUCACGCAAUGGGGUUGACUAGAGUCAACCUAUUGGCCGGCUUAGUUGGAGCCUACAUUAUUCGUCAUCCUGAAGUUGAGGCCCCACUUAGACUACCUUAUGGUGAUGAGUUUGAUCGGACGUUGAUGGUGUUUGAUCGAAGCUUCCGUACUAAUGGUUCGAUAUACAUGAAUUCUACUGGAAACAAUCCCUCCAUACAUCCACAGUGGCAACCCGAGUACUUCGGAGAUGUAAUUGUGGUCAAUGGCAAAGCUUGGCCGCGUAUGAUUGUACGACGUCGUAAAUAUAGAUUUCGCAUUAUUAAUGCCAGCAAUGCAAGAUUUUUUAGAUUUUUUUUAACCAAUGGCUUGAGAUUCAUCCACGUGGGAUCUGACUCUGUGUAUCUUGAAAGACCUGUUGUGAGCAAUGAAACUCUCCUGGCCCCAUCUGAAGUUGCUGAUGUGGUUGUUGACUUUUCAAAGUCAAAGUCAGACACUGUUAUUCUAGCUAAUGAUGCACCAUAUCCAUAUCCAACGGGGGACCCAGUCAAUGAACCAAACGGUAAAGUGAUGAAAUUCAUCAUCAAGAAGGAUCCAGAAGUUGACACGUGGAGAGUGCCUAAGAAGUUGAUUAAAUAUUCUUCUCCAGAAUUAUCCAGUACGUCGCAAACACGGUACAUUGCUAUGUACGAAUACACAAGUGCGACUGAUGAGCCAACUCAUCUUCUCUUGAACGGUAAAUCUUAUGAGGAACCAGUGACUGAGACACCAAAAGAGGGGACCACAGAGGUGUGGAAUGUGAUCAAUCUAACGGAGGAUAAUCAUCCGUUGCAUAUUCAUCUGGGAUUAUUUGUAGUGAUUGAUCAAACGGAGUUGGUUAACUUGGAGGGCUUUAAAGCUUGCAUGUUGAAAGUGAACGAUGCGAUUAAGUGCAAAAUAGACAAGUACGCACGUGGUCAGAAGUUAGAGGUGCAGGCCCAAGAGAAGGGGUGGAAGAACGUAUAUAAGAUGAUACCCGGAUACGUCACCAAGAUUUUAGUGAGGUUUGCUUACAUACACUCGAAUGCAUCCUACGUGUUUGAUGCAACCGCGGAACCUGGCUACGUCUACCAUUGCCAUAUUUUAGAUCAUGAAGAUAAUGUCAUGAUGCGACCCUUAAAGUUAAUUCGUUGAGGAGGCGAACUGAGAACAUUAGAGUUUUAAGAACAAAUUAAGGAUGGCUAUUUAUUUUGAAAUAACUGCAGAAGUUGAAGGAGGGCCAAAGUGUAAAAAUAUAGAAUUUGUGAUAAUACCAAGUACAAAAUAUGGUGUUGAUCAUAUUUUAUUAUUCAAAUAAAUUAAUAAAAGGUAUUAUUAUUAUUA